UUAAAUUACCACAUUCUUUUUUAUUUCCCCUCAUUGGAAUAACAGAGGAAGAUGGCGUCCUCAGCCCUGGAAGAUUUAAGCUUUCACAUCAACUUGAAGAUUUCAACUAUUAAGAAGACUCUUCAAUUAAGAAACAUAGGUCAAGAACCAUCCCUCAGUUCGAUGCUCUCUAAAAUAGGACAGGACGUAGUUCUCUUGCAUGACCUCCUGAAUAAAAUGGAAGCGGAAGUUCAACAGCAUGAAAAACUGAACAAUUUGCUAAAAGAGCUCCAGAAGUCUGUGGAGAGAGACCAAAACGAAGCACAGCACCUCCGUGAAAACAUUCCUCCCCAUCUGCCUAAACCAACUCAGAGCUGCAUCACUGGGCCAACUGUGAAACGGGAAGAACAAACCAAAGUUGUCGAACCCCAAUGUGCGAAGAAACCUACAAAGGAGGCAAGAAUUAUUAAAGAAGCCCCCUUAAUCACUGCUGAAGAAUUUGAGAGUGUUCCUGCGUAUAUGAAAGGUCGUUUAACGUAUGAGCAGAUUAACGCGGUCGUUCAAGAAAUCAACAAGGCCGUGGUGGGCAAAUACAAGAUCCUGCAUCAACCUUUGAAAUCUAUGAAUGGAGCCGUCAGAAAUCUCUACCACAGGUACCUGGAAGAAGAAACUAAGGAUACAAAAGGUCAAUUUUUUAUCGUGGAGGCCGAUAUCAAAGAGUUCACUCAACUGAAAAUGGAUAAGCGCUUCCAUAGUAUCCUCAAUAUCCUGCGCCACUGCCAGAGAGUGAGAGAAAUUCGGGGCUCAAGACUUGUCCGCUACGUCAUCUGCUAACGAGCUUUCCACGUUCUUCUCACCCAAGAUGGAGAAGGUUGGAAGCAUUUGGAGCUGCAGAGACAUUUUGUUGUCCUCAAAGAGAUUCUACGUGUGGACGUUCCUAUCCCACUUUCUUAAUUUCUAGAAGGCAGUAGUGAGGACUAAGUGUUUUUUUCAGAUGUCUCUCCAAAAUUAGGAGUGGCAAUAUCAAAUGGCCUGGAAGGAUUUGGAGUUUUGUUUUGAAAACUUGAGAGGAACUACUAUCUUUUGGUAAAUUACAAAUGCAAACCAAGCUCUGGGAUUGGCACACCUGUGGUCACAGGCGGUUUUAAUCACAUUUUGGGGUCAGCACUUGAAAAUUAAUAAUGUUCCUUUUGUGUUUAUGAGUUGGAGGCUGUGUUUAAGACUCUGGAGCUACUCAAAGGAAACAUUUGAGUGCUGUUUUUUUUUCUAAUCCCUCAAACCAAUUUCCAGAUUUCCUUUUCUUCUUUUAUUUUGUUUUCUUCUUAUCCUAAUUGUAUGUUUUGGAGUUUCAUGCAUCGUUUGAACAGGAAGAUCCGAGGUGGUUUAAACAUUUCCAGACUGAUGGUGAUGGGUGGUUCUGUUAGCCAUAUGGUUUUCAUACUUCAUCAUCCCACCCAUUUUUUAUCCAUUAGAAUGAAACUGGGGAGCAGUGUGGGGGUUUUAAGUGAAAAUGUUGACUUUUGUGUUGAAAAUACAGGUCGUAGUCGUCACGGGUUUUAUUCUAGAAGGUUGCUUUCAACCUAGAAGGUUGAAUAUAGAAGGUUGCUUGUGUAGUAAGUUCCAGAAUAGAAUUAUCAUGAUAAAUAUCCACUCUGCAAGCAAUCAAAACUGUUUUGAUAAGAAAAGCAGUCAUCUUUCUCUUCCAUGAACCUGUAUCUGAUUGUGUCCUAACAACUAAUCUAAAAUACUUCCUCGUCGGUGUUAAAAUGACAAUUUAAUGAGCAAAAAGCCCUGAAUGAACUUUGAACUUUCUCAAUAAAGAGAUCCCGGUGAGUGCUGUGUAA